GCACUGAUGAAGCGUGGCUAGCAAUAUCGCCAAAGUGCUCUGAACUGGUUGAACAGGUUAUGAAACUGGUUAAACUGGAUGAGUGCGUCUCUGGAAGUGAGAGGUUAUUAGUAGCUUCUGUAACACAGGCUUCAAGGAGAAUAAUAUUAAAGUUAUUAUUGUCCCUUUCUAUUGCGACUGAUCAUUCUGUGAUGGAGGACAUUGAACUCAAUAAUGUACAGCAUCUUAUACGCUUGCUUUGUCUUGUGCAGGCUAAUCAUGUUGGCAUGGCAACUGAGAGAGGGGAGGAGCUUAAGGAAGUGAUUGGAUCAGCUAUUACUAGUAUUGUCAGUAAGAGUAGAGUGGGAGGAGCUGGAACACAAUUACUACAAGCUUGUUCUCGUGAUCUGUUAGCUGCUGCAGUAGGAGGCUCUCAGAUAUUAUCAAAGACUAAAAUCACUGAUAAAGAGUCAACUGAUCUCACUGUAUUGACUAACCCUAGCUUCUCUGUUAGCAAGAGUUGAGUACAGGCACUAACACUAGCAGUUGGGAAUAUACACAACAG